UCCUGAGUGGGACCCAACACACCUUUGCCCCUUCUUCCUCGCCUUGUCAAGGUACCAUCGACAUCGCAUUGUAUACCCAGGAGGAGCGAGCUGAGAGACGCUGCUGAUACCCCCGGCAAGAGAGGAGCUCUCCUACUGCUUUGCUCAAGUCAGACCCUCAGAGCUGACCAAGGAUUGGUACGACGCGCCGAGGAUGGCGUCGUACUACGAUGACGAGGGGGAGGACGACGUUCAACGAUUCCAAGACUUGGUAGACAGCAUCGAUGCCGCAACCGAUCUUGAUGGCAAGACUUCUGCCCUGCAACACCUGUCAGAUCACCUUCCAACCUUUCACUCCAUACCCGAAGCCGAUCAUCUGACGGCCACACUCAAGGUACUGAUCAAAAAUCAACAUCCCACUCUAUCCCAUGCGGCUCUCGAGUUUGUCUCACCCCUCCUGGCCCACAUGAGGAGCUCGAUCCACGAGCCCAAGGGCGUCCAACACGUCAAGACGGCAAUAAACUCUCUCAUGCCCACCGUCCUCGAGAAGGCAGGAGAUGGGCGAGAGAAGACUAGAGAGAUGGCCGGGAAAGCUCUGGAGGAGCUGGGGAAGGCUGCCAUUGACGGUAGCAGGGCAACCCUUGGUCACUCCAUCUCUCACAAGACAAGGGAGAUUGAGUCGCCCUUGAAUGCCUUUGAGAGGCUACUUUGCGACACAGGGCUAAUGGCCAAGUCGGCAAAGAUCAAAGAGCAGUCGUGCAAGGUCUUACCUCCUCUGCGCAGCUAUCAGGCCAAGUUGCCAAUCAAGGCUUUCCUCUCACCCCUUGUAGAGAUCCUGUCCGAUGCUGAUCCGCAUUGCCGCGAAGCCGCUCGAGCCACACUAGUAGCCCUCUUCUCCACCGCUAGUCCUGCUGCAAAGACAGACCUCAAAAAGGAGCUGGAAGCACAGAAUGUCAGAAAGGCUCUGGUAGAUUCAAUUGUACGCGAGAUCAGUAGCGACGAUGAUGAGGACUUGAGCGGAGACGGUGUGGCAACACCAGUAGCAGCUGAGCGAGCUGCCUCUUCGACGUCACAUGCUGCUCCUGCGGCUGCAAGCUCCGCCACGACAGCGCCGGCUCCAGCCGCCACCGCUGCUUCCGAUGACAACAUCUCUCCAGUCCACAUCUUCAGUCGAGGCGACCUCGAAAGGGCAUUCACUGCUCUCCUGCCGCACUUCGAGGGCAAAGAAACGGAACACAACUGGCUACAGCGAGAGAAUGGCAUCAUCAAAGUGCGAGGCAUGCUCAAGGCUGGCGCAUUCGACAAGUACGAUGCUGCCUUUGUCAGCGGGAUCAAAUCUCUCACUGAUGGAGUACUAAAGGCUGUCGGAAGUUUGCGGACCACACUGGCUAUGCAGGGCACCUGUCUGAUCGCAGAGCUCGCCCAACGAGUGGGAGAUAGCCUCGCAGAUUCCACCCUGGACGCCUUUGUUCCCGCCCUGCUGAAGAUGGCUGGGUACACGAAGCGUCUGGUGGCCAAUGCUACCCAGGAAGCUGUGAAAGAGCUCUUCCAGACUACGUCAUAUCGCCAUCGCUUCCUAGAUCUCGUCUGGGCAGGCAUGCAAGACAAGAAUAUCACCACCAGGAUCAGCAUGGCAGAGCAUCUCCACACGUUGUUGGCUACACAUGCAGAACAUCGCAAGCACGCGCUAGAGUCUCACGAGGGUCUCGCAACGAUUGAGAAAUUCUUACAGAAGGGUUUGGCGGAUCAGAACAAAGAUGUGAGAGCCAAUUCGAGAGAGGCGUUCUACGUGUACAGACACUACUGGCCUGCUCGCGGCCAUGCUCUGGAGUCGAAGCUGGAGCCAGCUAUUCGAAAACAAAUUGCAGCAGGAGCAGCUAGCGCAGCGAUGAGUAGUGGACCCGUUCGGCCAGCGGGUACCGGCGCUCAAGCUCGAGCCGUCAGCAGCGCACUUCCUCCUUCCAGGUCUGAAGAGUCUCCUUCGACAUCAAAGCCGGCGGUGGCUGUCGUACCGCCGAAGAGGGCUGGAGGACCAAGCAGUGCCAUUCUCGCCGCCAAAGCUCGGAUGGUCGCCGAGAGGAAGGAGCAGCAGGCUCGUCAACAACGAGAGUCGCAAGGCUCACAGCGCGACGACUAUGCGGGAUCACCUCAAUCUGCCAGCGAGACGACCCCGAAGAAGCCCUCCCUGUCUCAGACUCGACAAUUCUCUGCAUCGCGUAUACCCAGGGCAGCGGAUGUUCCUCUGCCACCGUCUCCCUCAUCCUCUUCCGCUUCGCUCAGCUCUGCAACGACGCCGACAAGAGGGGCGACGCAGGGAGGUAGAGCCGGUUCGGCUCUGUCUCCUCCCUCUCGUGCAACGCCCAGAGGGAUUGGAAAGGAAGCCAGCAGCGCCAGCUCGCCACCACCGUCAAGCUACGGCGGUCAACAGCCUCAGCAACGCUUUCAGCCAUUCCAGCCGACCAGAGCCCGCAACGUCUCUACCUCAACGGCUGGAUCAUCCAGCGCGAGCGCGAGCAGCAGCGGAAGUGCAAACGCUCGACCUAUGUCUGGAUAUGCUGGCGGGAACAAAUCGCUGGGUGCGGUUCCAUCGGCCAAGGGCAAAGCAGUUCCUACCUCACCGGCUUCUCGCACCGCUGCACUGCCCGCGAAGAUGCUCGAUCCGGACGACACCAUCCAGCUCGGCAGGUACGACGCGGAUGCGACGCUCGAUGGCGAUGCGACGGUCGACUUGAUGGGGAUGAGCAGCAGUCCGCUCAAGAGAGCAAUGGCAGCUGGUGGGGGAGACGAUAGUCUGAGCUUUGCUUUUGCUGGCCUGGGCCAACAGACAAAGGAUAAUCGAGCAGCUGACGAUGAGGACGACGAAGAUGAGCAGUACAACGGUGAUGAGACCAAUCAGUCGACUCCAAGGAUCAUUCGACAAGCGCCGGCAGACGGGCAGGGAGGUGCUCAGCCGCAGCCGCAGUCAUCGUCAUCGUCAGAUGCUCUCGCAUUUACCUCACCAUCAUCAGAGGCAGAGGUUCAAGCGCCACCACAGCGAGCACCGCCUCCUGUCUCGCCAGCUGAGGGGAAGAGCUACCUUGCUUCCCGUGCCUCGCGUCUCACAUCAGAGGCUCAGAUCGCCCUCUCCCCUAUCAAAAGCACACCUGAUGCUCUACAAUGGGUGGAAGAAGUUCGUACAGGAAGAGCAAACGCAGUCACAUUUGGCAAUCUGUCAAUCAUGUCCCGCAAAUUCCCUGUGCAAGCCGAAGAAGACAGUGCGGCCAACGAGCAGCUCCUGCGGAGCGGCCGAGGGGCUUACGAAGCGGAGGAGGCUGCCAAGCGGAGGAUGCAGCAGGAAGAAGAGGGCGAUGGCGAUGGCGAGUCGCUAGAGCAGCAGCAAGCGGACGCAUGGAGGGAAUUGAGCCUUUUCUGCAGUCUGUGGGAGGCGCUGGAGCGCUCUUUGCUCGCCCUCUUUGCUGCACCUGCCUCUGCGGGCGAGAACAUUCCUCCUGCUGAUGCAGGCGAGAUACCUAUGGCGGCACUCUCUCUCCUCUUUCACCUCGUAGAGAGGCAAUACCCGCUCUUCCUCUCCUACGGGCUUGAAGUUGACCUUCUCUCUUUGAUCUUCAAGGUCCGCGCAAGCGUCGGGAGCGGCAGUAACGGCGGCAACGCCAGUGCCAGUAGAAGAGGCGCAACUCCGCCCACCAAGGUCAUUUCAGGAUGCGAGUCCCUGAUCGAUAGCUGGGCUGCCAGGACUCUUCCAGCUCUUGGGCUCAGCUCUCUCCUCUCAAGCAUGGGACCCGCUCCCUCUCUCUCAGCUCCGGAUACAGAUGCAGAAGGAGCAGCAGCAGCAGCAAGCGACAGCAGGAUCCUUCUCCUUUCCCUGCGCGCCCUCUCCCGUCUCCUACUCCGUCUCCCACCCGAAAUGGUACUCGAAGAGAUACCCCGCGCUCGUAGCUGGAUCUUGCGCGCGCUCAACGAUGAAAAAGUCACGGCGCUGCGACAGGCUGCCGUGGAUGUGGUUAGCUGCGCACAGGUGAGGAUUGAGCAGGGUCGUGCUGGGGAGGGCGAGGACGGGGAAGCAACAGGAAGUGCUUCUGCUGCUGCCGGAGAGAAAGAGAAUGGUGUGACUGGAAACGAUGCUAGUGGCGCUACUGUCAGCGUAGAAGAGCUCUUUGAAUCCGUCGGCCCGCUCAAGCAAGCACAAAAGGACUUGAUCAUCUACUUUAUUGGGCGGAAGAAGAAGUUGCUAGCCCAGGAAGCUGCUAGAGCUCGAGCUGGGGCAAGACGCUGAGACAGGCUUGUGAGGGUUUAGGAUGGGCUCAAUGAGUGAGGAGAAGAAGAGACGGAGGAAAGUGGCGGUGCCUCCUGAGUGUAGAUCAUUUGCUCUGUCUCUUCUCUCAUUAAUGAUUGUCACCUCACCUCACUUUCGAUGCUUGGUGGGAGUGCAAUCAGCAUGUGGGGGCUGAAUGGGCUGCACAAGAAGGAAGACUGAAGUCUUAGUCGCAGACACGUCGGCCAUCCCAGAUAAGCGGGCCUUGUCAGUCUUUAAAUUGAGAAGGUGCACCCUGCUCACACUGAAC